UAGUUAAUAAUUUUAAAAUAUUCGUACCUACCUAUUUAGUUAAUAAAUCAUAAUAUUCUAUAAUAAAAUGUAUGAAGACAAUUAACGUAUUGCCUAUUUAAUAAAUUUUUUUUAAAAAUUACCCAAAACUUAAAGAUGGAUAAUAACCGGCCUAACACUUCAAAAAAAUUGCCAAUUUUUGCAGCAAAAAAAAAGAUUUUUACACCAAAUUUAGGAUAUAAGAGAAUUGCACCAAAAGAUACGCAACAAAAUGUCGAAGUUAAAGUUGAGCACGAUGGCAACGUACCAUCGACAACUCAAAAGCAGAAAAAAGUAAAAGAAAGAUCUACUACGCAGAUUCAAAGUGUAUUUGCCAAUAUGAGUUCAACUAGCCAAGGCAGAUCUGGUCCGUCACGUGUUGGUUUAUCAUCUGGUUUCAAAUCCUACUCCAGCCAUGGCACUUUCAAUAGUAGUGGAGCUUUUGUGAAAACAGAAGCAAACCAAAGUAUUAAUCAAAUGCAAAUAUCUGAAAAUGAUAGAUUUGAUUUGGACGAUCCAUCAGAAAAUGUUCAUGGACCUGUUCGCUUACCAUUUAGUAUAAAAGACAAAAGAGAGCCAGCAGUUAAAUUAGAAACUGACCUUGAGUACCCGUUUCAGAAAAAUAUUUACCCUUCUUUCAAUGAACUUGUUGCUCCUGAAUCAUUAAUAAAUUUACAAUUUUACGAUAGUUCAUUUAGUCUUGAGCCUAAAGUGUCUAAAAUUGAUUUAACUGGUAAUGGUACAAAUGACAUAUCAAAUUCAACCAAAACUGAAUAUAAUGGUCAUAUUAAAACAGAAAAUGAUAUGGAUGUAGAAUAUAGUUCUCCACCUAUAGGAAAAGUGCAAUAUUAUAGAUCUGGUAGAGUUGUAUUGAGUUUAAAUGGAAAAAUCUACGAGUUAAUUAAAGCUAAUGAAGAUAAGCACCACAAGGAAUUAUUUAGUCUUACAAAUGAAGUUGAAACUAACAAACCAGAAAAAUUAGUGAGUCUUGGCACUAUUCCGAUAAGACUAAAAGCUGUUUUAGAUAUAAAUAAUAUAAUUGAUAAUUUUUUGUUGAAUGAAUUGUAAUCUUGAAACAAAAAAACUGUAAUAAUUAGGUAUAACUUUUUUAAAUUUA